UAUGGUAUUGUUAUUGAUGCUGGAUCUUCACAUAGUGAAGUGUUUCUGUACCAGUGGGCUGGUAAUAAAGAUGACGGCACAGGAGAUGUUCAUGAGCGGGAUUAUUGCACAUAUGAUGAAGGUAUAGCUGAAGGAGUUUCUCCUGAUGGUAUUGUUUCAUGUGUAAACAAUGUUCUUAAGUCAUAUCCUCAAGACUCCACUUCAUUACCAUUGCUAUACUUAGGAGCCACUGCAGGGAUGAGGCUUUUGAAUAUUACAAAUACUAAAGAUGCUAGUCUUAUACUUAUGGCUUUGAGAUAUGCUUUGCAAACCACCAAAGUUCAGGUGAAGUCUGUGGAUAUAAUUCAAGGCGAAGAUGAAGGUCUUUUUUCAUGGAUCACUACUAAUUUUCUUUCCCAGACAUUGAAUCAAUCAAAGGUCGAACAAACAUUUGGUGCUCUAGAUUUAGGUGGUUCUUCAACUCAAUAUGCAUUUGCUGCUGAUCUGGAAACAGUCACAAAUGCAUCAAGUGUUAAAAAUCUAACUCUAUAUGGGUACAAGUACUCUGUGAUCUCUAAAAGUUUUCUGUGUUUUGGUCUUAAUCAAGCACUGCAUCGUAACCAUGCAUUAAUAUUCACGGCAGAAAAAAAUACUACAGUUAGUGACCCAUGUUCUCCAAAGAAUUACACGGAAACAGUUGGAGCAAAGUUUUACUUAGAAAAUCCAUGCGUGCAAAAUAAAAAAUUUUCAAAAUGGCUGCAGUUUAAUUUAGAUCAAAAUUUGACUGUUUUAGGUGAAAGCAACUAUGAGAAAUGCAAGCAUAAUGUUAAGGGUUUAAUUAAUGAGCAGUCAUGCAAAGAUGAUGGUUUUAGUCAGUGCCUUGAGAUGAUUAAUUUAGCUGAAAUGAACAUGAAGUUUAUGGCAUUUUCAAGUUUUUAUUAUGUUGUAAGUUAUCUCAAUGGUAGCAGUUCUUUAGAAAAAUUUAUUAAUGCCACAAAAGACUGGUGCAGUCUAUCCUUGGAUCAGAUAACAGCUGAAGCUCGUGAUGAGAAGGAAUUAUCUCAUCUUUUAACAUAUUGCUUUGGCGCAAUCUAUAUUGCAGAAUUGUGUACUUCAAAUUAUGGCUUUAACUAUUCUACUUGGAAUAAUCUAUUUUUUAAGCAAAGGAACUUCCAGCCGUCAGCUCAAGAUUCUGCAACGCCCAACCGUCAGCGUUCUCCAUCUUUCAACAAAACAUCGAAUGAUGACUGCCUAAAUGACAGCAAUAGUUCCAGUCCCAGUGGCUUAACUCCUAGGGAAACUGGAAUAGUUGAGAAAUUACUUUAUGAGGAUAGAUAA